AGGUCAGCGCGUCACACCGGAAGCUUUCUGAAGGAUAUUUCAGCGGUUGGUUUUGCGAGGACGUCGACUCCAAGUUGCUAGCUGUUAGUUAAAGCGACUCGUUAAAACGCGCUGGUGAUGGCUGUGGACUGGGCUGGAUAUGGAUAUGCAGCUCUCGUGGCGUCUGGAGGAGUCCUUGGUUAUGUCAAAGCAGGCAGUGUCCCUUCUUUAGCAGCUGGACUGCUGUUUGGAGGUCUAGCAGGUUUUGGUGCCUACCAGAUAUCACAAAAUCCCCAGAAUAUUUGGGUGUCUUUAGCUACAUCAGGCACCUUGGCUGCUCUCAUGGGGAGACGAUUUUACAACUCAAGAAAAAUGAUGCCUGCUGGAAUAGUGGCUGGGGCAAGUAUUCUGAUGUUGGCGAAGCUUGGUAUUGGAGUCUUGCAGAAGCCUCAAGAUUCAUAAACAGUGCUGCAAAAAAUAUUUUGUGCUUUACCUGUACAGCUUUUAAAAUAAUUUGACAUAACAGGUGUCAUUUUCUAGAAAAUGUUUAAUAAAUAAAAAUUUAAGCAAAUGUAAA